UUCUUCCUUUCAGACGGCCUACAACGAGAAGAAUGAGGUGUACCGCUUCCUUCGACAAGUCAUGUCUCUGCCUUUUCUCCCCCCUGAGCACAUCGAGGACACCUUUGACAGGCUUGAUGCCAGGGCACCAGAGCAACUGCAACCCAUCAUGGACUACGUGUACCACACCUGGAUUAGAAGUGCUGUGUUCCCCAUCGACAACUGGACCGUAUUCAUGACCUCUGUGAGGACGAACAAUGACGUGGAGGGGUGGCACAACCGUUUCAACACGUGUGUAGCCACAAGGGGACCUGUGCCUUUCUACCAUUUAAUCCAGGAGUUGUACGCGGAGGCCAGUGAUAUUCCUGUCCAGCUCCGAUUGGUUACAGAGGGGAAACUCCAGCGCUACCAAAGGAAGAAGAGCAGGCAGAUCCAGGGGAAGCUGUUCAAUCUGUGGGAGCGGUAUUGCGAGAGAAGCCUGUCUGCAAGUCAUCUACUGAAGGAGUGCGCCGUUGUGUAUGGACCCCCUGCCCAGUAAUAUUGAUGAACUGAAUUAAGGAAGGUGUUCCAUUUUCCCGACUGAACUUUAUUGACGUGAUUGUGAUUGUGAUGUUUAAUAGUUUUGUGAUGUGAUUUUUGCUGAACAUCUUAUGAUGUACGUAUCCUAUUGAUGAUUGUAUGAAUAUGAAAACUUAAUUUAUAUGUUUGCAGUGCAUGUAACUAUUAGUAUUGGUAUGAACUUUGAGAA